AUGGAAGUGCCUGAAAAUGUCGUCGACGCCAUCCAAAUCGGUCCGUGCGGCGGCGACUAUGACAUCCAGUCCAUGGUCAAAAACGGCAGGAAAGCGACGUAAUUGGGAAGUUGCGAUUCGGCGCUGCGGAGCUAGAAACGUCAGCGAAAGGUGGAACGCCUCUCUCGAAGACUGUUGAUGCGAAGGCGUACGCGGUUGCAUCUCUGCUUUUCGGUACCCGGACGCUCAAUAUUCGUACAUUUGAUCGUGACGUUUCAGGGGCAAAUGCGACGACAGCAAAGAAAUGAUGAGACAGGUGUCGAUCGGCGAUUUCUACGAGGACAUUUGCGAGCUGACGGGGAUCUGUGAACCGAUACCGAAACCGGCGCCGCAGAAGAAUCCGGAGGAGAGCAAGAAGUCGGCUGGUGGUGGAGGAGGAAGAGGCGAUAAAGAGCAGAAGGAGGCUGGAAGUGGGGAGAGGGAAGCGGCGAAUUCGACGGUCGACGGAGCGAUCGGAUCGGGUCUUCAUGUGACAGCCAUCACUCUUCACGUUACUGCACUUUUCGUCUCUUCUCACUGUCUCCCCUUCGGCGAAAAAAAUUUUCGCGUGCUUUCUGCGUGCGGCUCUCAGUGUCGAUUUACGGGAGACGGUUUUUCAACUGAAAACACUGUUUUCCCGAGUUUUUGGGAUUAUGCACACUUUUCCUUCAAAACUUUUGCCUCACGUUUGUUUAUAUGACCGAUAGCUACAAAAUGAUCACAGAGUGCUCGUGUAAAAGUGAAAAUUCGAAGAGUAAUUUCGUUUUUUAAAAUUUGGCUUGAAAAAACAAACUUUCGGAAUUUUUGAGAAAACAGUUGACAGAAUCAAAAAACAGUUGCCUCACGAUUGUUCUGCAGACAAAUCCGGUCAUUUUGAGCACCCAUUAA